AUGACCCGCCACCUCGACUCGUUCGUGUGCCCGAUCACGCACGACGUGAUGGUCGACCCGGUCGUGACCGUCGACGGCCACUCGUACGAGCGGUCGGCCAUCGAAGAGUGGAUCCGCACCAGUCACGAGACGGCGCCCGGCGGCCAAGUGACGAGCCCAGCGACGAACCUACCGCUGGGUUCGACCCAGCUCAUCCCGAACCUCGCGCUGAAGCGAUCGAUUGGCGAGUACCGCAACAAACACAACGUAUUGCCAGGCUCGCCGGCAGGCCCGCUGCGAUCACCCUCUCGGCUGGCGGUCGUCGUGCCACCGGCGCUGGCUCUCGCGCCCGUCGACUUGCCGCGGACCGAAGCGCUGCCGCAGGUCGGCUACGACGUCUACCGCGCGAACGUGACACUGGCCAUCUACUCUCAGCCAUCGUUCAACUACCGCGUCUCGAGCGCGCAUGGCACCGCCCUCGAGCUCCCGGCCGGCGAGCUCUUUGUCGUGACCAAGCGGCUCUACAGCGCCAUGUUUGGCAACACGACCGGCUACGUCUUCUUGCAGCUCGGGACCCACAACGACGUCGAGUUGCGCAACUGCUACGUCGCCGAGCAGGCGGAGCGGCCGCCGCACGCCCGCUUGGUUGAGCGCGUCCCAGCGAUACACGAGGUCGCCGUGUACAUGGCCGACCGGCCGUCGCCGUUCUACGCGCGACCAACGACCCACAGCGACUCGGCCCUCGUACGCCACACGAUGCUUCGUCGCGACGAGCUCGUGGCCACCGACUUGCGCGUGGCGGACCCUGUGACCAACCAAACGUAUCUGCGGCUCGACAACUCGUUCGGGUGGCUGCCGCUGCGCCACUUGACGCGCUACGAGUGCACGACCCGGCGCUUGCUCUUCCGCGUGCCGUCGCCGACGCACGUGUACCGCAAUAUUCGCACGGUGCCCGAGAGCAUUGCGGUCGCGACGCUGCCGGCCGACUACCUCCUCGCGUCAACGCUGCACGUGUACCUCAACGCCUUCGCCUACACGCGGGUCGUGCGUGAUGACGUGACCGGCUGGUGCAAGCUCCGUCUCUCGGACAUGCUGCUGCAGUGCCCGCCGCGCCUCGCGGAGCAGCCGCCCGGGCGAUCGAUCCCCGUCGCCCUGCUCCAAGGCGACCACUACUUCGUUUUGCUCAACGAAAUCCAAGACGACGGCACGAUCACGCAGGCUUUCCACUGCGAUCUGCCGUAUGCGAUGGUCCGCCAGAUCAACAACUGCAUUACAAAAGGCCGGCACGUGACGCACGCAGCGCUCGGCCCGAAGGACGAGUGGUACCUAAGUGCGACGAGGCCGGACGGGUCCGGGGCCCACUGCUGGGCCAGCGAGAACGUCUCGGAGGACUUUCGAAAUGUCAUGACGGUCAACUCCCGCGUCGCGUUCGGUCCGUCCGACGCCUUUGUCCUCGUCGACGAUCACGACGUUGUGUAUUGGAGUGGAGUGUCCUACAGCCUACGCCUCGAACUCCGCGACGUGCAGAGAGUGCACGCGCGUAGAAAACAUAAAGGCCCCUUCUUCAUGAAGCACUCGCACGGCGUCAUCACCCACGACUUUUCCGACGUGGUCCGACAAGAGGUCUUGGAGGCGAGCCCGCCGCGCGGCCACGGGCAACUUGUCUCCGUGUCGUGCAGUGAGGGCAGGUAUGUCGCCAUCUACGACAACUGGUUUGCAACGACGGACGGGGUGCAGACCGACGUGACGGACGUUUUGGCUGCGUUCUACAAUCGCCACCUGGAGGUCCGCAACGACCGCCGACGACUCAUUCAGCGCUACCAGGCGAUAGCGUAAACGCUCAAUGUGAAACUCC